CUGCCCCAGUUGGGAAACCGGCCCUUCCUGUGUGGGAGGGAGAGGAGCAUCCCAGAAGGGGUGUUUUGAGUGGCUCCUUGGAAGUCUUAACUCUGCAAUACGCCUCUCCUUUGAUCCUCAUUUGGGGCAGGGGCUUCCUUUCUUUGGAGCCACCAUGGAAGCCCUGAAGGCCAAGGCGGUGCGCCAGGCCAAGAAGUACGGUCUCUGGCUCCUAGCCGGACUGUACCGCUGCUGGCCGGCUUUCCUGACCCCACCGUUCCGUUACAGGCUGAUCUUUGGGAUGCUCUACCCUGCCUAUGCCUCCUACAAGGCCGUGAAGACAAAGAACAUCCGGGAAUACGUGCGCUGGAUGAUGUACUGGAUCGUGUUUGCCCUCUUUAUGGCCACCGAGACUGUUGCAGACACCUUCAUUUCUUGGUUCCCCUUCUACUAUGAAAUCAAGAUGGCCUUUGUGGUGUGGCUCCUGACGCCUUACACCAGGGGAGCCAGCCUGCUCUACCGCAAGUUCAUCCACCCGACUCUCUCCCGCAAGGAGAAGGAAAUUGACCAGUUGAUCCUGCAGGCCAAAGAGCGCAGCUACGAGACCCUUGUGAACUUUGGGAAGAAGAGCCUCAACGUGGCUGCAACGGCUGCUGUGCAGGCCGCCCACAAGAGCCAAGGGGCCCUGGCCGGACGCCUGCGCAGUUUCAGCAUGCAGGACCUGCGCAACAUUCCCGACGCAGCGCCCGUCCAUUACUCUGACCCGCUCUACCUGGAGGAGGAGCAGCUCCGGCGACGGCCGAUUGGAUGGAGGGCAGCUUCCCAACUGCAGGGCUCCGAUAGCAACGAGGAGGACUGCUGGUCAGACUCUGGCCUCUCCGCCAGCCCCCGGCUUCAGGGCAAGGAGCCCGGGCUGCCAAAGCCGCUGGCCAGGAGCCAAAGCCUCCGCAUUGUGAGGAAGAAACCCCCCACCAAAGAGGGCUCUGUGAGGCUGGUGCGCGGCCGCCCCAGGAAGAAGGUGGUCGACCAGGAGAACUAGAGGCCACAUUGACAAAAACGUCUAAGGACGAUUGGGUUCACCUGUCUGCUCAUGAUGCCGCCUUCAGCCCGAGGAAUGCCUUUCUUUCAGACUUUUUCCUCAAAGGCAGCUACAUCCAAAGGGGGCCAAAGAUGUGUUGCUGGCAUUGGCGACAGAGGAAACAGCUGCUGGACGGCCGUAGCUUUUAAUGGGGAGGCCUCGAGGGGUCCCUCCCUCGUUCCCUUCAAUUUCUAAGGGGCCAAACUUUGCAGGGUUCAUCCUUUAAUCCAAAGUGCCUUUUCCCAUCUUCUCUUUGUGCCUCUUGCCUUUCGCCAUGUGCCUUUUCUCAGCAUCAGGUACACGGUUGCGCCAUUGAAACGGCCUGCCUUUUUGAAGCGGUGCCAAUGGCACAGAGACUGGCUUCACAUCCCGAAACACUAUGGGUUUUGGAGCUGUGGCUGAUGAGAAACCAAAGCAAACCCACAGCCUCUUGGGUUCCCCUUUUGCCAGAGAAGGACCUCGAUCCGGCUCAAUCGCUCACAUUCCCUUCUCUCUGUGAAAACACUAACUUGGCUACUACUUGAAGACCACCACAGGCUCAGACACUUAAAUGUAUUUGUAACGUUUUAAUAUUAUUUUUAAAUAAACACAUUUUGUCUUGUAAA